AAGAUUUAAAAAGUUAUGAAAAUGGUUACCGACAUUUUGUUUUCCAUUAAGACAAUCAUUUCAGAUGUUCAGAGAGACUCCAUUAAUAGCUACUAUAAUUGAAUGAAACUCUACUGAUCCUGCAAAAAUGGCUACUCACCACCGACUUCUACGCGGCGGCGGCGGAUCACCGUCGAUUAGCGUCUCCGGUGUCAGAUUCAGACUCACAGCUUUGGCUGCUGCCACUAUCGCACUUUCCUUCUUCACUCUCUCGUUUCUCUUCACUUCCGAGUCACCUCAUCUCCAUCUCCCCGUAACUUCUCAAUCCCUCAGACACUCGAAUGGAAGAGUCGGAUCCAUCAGAAGAUCCAUGUUGGAUACCAAAUCGGAUCCACUCAGGCCACGCCUCCUCCAGAUCCGGAAACAAGCUGACGACCACCGGUCGUUAGCACUAGCCUACGCCUCUUACGCGAGGAAGCUCAAGCUCGAGAAUUCGAAACUCGUGAGGAUCUUCGCUGAUCUCUCGAGAAACUACACGGAUCUCAUCAACAAGCCAACGUACCGAGCUCUCUACGAUUCCGACGGAUCCUCCUCGAUCGAGGAAUCGACGCUGAGACAGUUCGAGAAAGAAGUUAAAGAACGGAUCAAGAUGACUCGCCAAGUGAUCGCUGAAGCCAAAGAGUCGUUCGAUAACCAGCUCAAGAUCCAGAAGCUCAAGGAUACGAUCUUCGCCGUUAACGAGCAGCUGACGAACGCUAAGAAGCAAGGAGCGUUCUCGAGCUUGAUCGCCGCGAAAUCGAUUCCGAAAGGGUUGCAUUGUCUCGCGAUGAGGUUGAUGGAAGAGAGGAUCGCUCAUCCGGGGAAGUACACCGAUGAAGGAGGGAGAGCUAGAGCGGCGGAGUUAGAGGAUCCGAGUCUUUACCAUUACGCUAUCUUUUCGGAUAACGUGAUCGCAGCUUCGGUGGUGGUGAACUCUGCUGUGAAGAAUGCCAAGGAGCCGUGGAAGCACGUCUUCCACGUCGUGACGGAUAAGAUGAAUCUCGGGGCGAUGCAGGUGAUGUUUAAGCUCAAGGAGUAUAAAGGAGCUCACGUGGAAGUGAAAGCUGUUGAGGACUAUACGUUUUUGAACUCUUCGUAUGUGCCUGUGUUGAAGCAGCUGGAGUCUGCGAAUCUUCAGAAGUUCUAUUUCGAGAAUAAGCUUGAGAAUGCGACAAAAGAUACGACUAAUAUGAAGUUUAGGAACCCCAAGUAUUUGUCUAUAUUGAAUCACUUGAGAUUCUAUUUGCCUGAGAUGUACCCGAAGCUGCAUAGGAUACUGUUUCUGGACGAUGAUGUGGUUGUGCAGAAGGAUUUGACGGGGCUUUGGGAGAUUGAUAUGGACGGGAAAGUGAAUGGAGCUGUGGAGACUUGUUUUGGUUCGUUUCAUCGGUAUGCUCAGUAUAUGAACUUCUCGCAUCCUUUGAUCAAAGAGAAGUUUAAUCCGAAAGCGUGCGCGUGGGCUUAUGGAAUGAACUUCUUUGAUCUUGAUGCUUGGAGAAGAGAGAAGUGCACAGAAGAAUAUCACUACUGGCAAAAUCUGAAUGAGAACAGGACUCUGUGGAAACUUGGAACGUUGCCACCGGGACUGAUCACGUUUUACUCGACCACAAAACCGCUGGACAAAACAUGGCAUGUGCUUGGGCUGGGUUACAAUCCGAGUAUUAGCAUGGACGAGAUCCGUAACGCUGCGGUGGUACACUUCAACGGUAAUAUGAAACCGUGGCUAGACAUUGCUAUGAACCAGUUCCGACCGCUUUGGACCAAGCACGUCGACUACGACUUGGAGUUUGUUCAGGCUUGCAAUUUCGGCCUCUGAACUAUGAAUUAUUUUCUUUAUCAACAGAAUCUUAUCUUGUUAUUUCAGCUAUUUGAGGUUCUAACCUUAGUUUUUAUGUGUUAUUAUCAUAUAUUUUGGGGAAUUAGAAUAAUGGAUUUUGUUCAUAGCU